AUGGAGAGAACUCGUUCACAUUCUCGCGGUCGCCCUAUCGACGCCGACAAGAAGCGUUACGAAGACGAACCCAUGACCCGCGAAAGCUCUGUUGGGGAAUGCGAUCUCGUCUGUCCCCAGCCAGCCAAGGCUCAGCCCUGGAAGCAGGCUCUUCAAGUUGAGAAAGACUCUGGAACCAAUCCACUUCUUAACUGGGAGCCUAACGCGAUGGACUUUGGUGAGAAGCCUUGGCUCAAGAUUGACUGGUCCAAGAUUGAAGGCCGCAGUCAUCCCAUAGAAGGUACUGGACCUGGAGGAGUUCGUAGCAAGUCUCCUGAUCAGAUGUGCGGUUACUCUGUUGGAAACCUCAAGCUUGUUUAA